GGAAUCCUCCUACACUCACUCACUCACACACACACCACCCUCUCUCUGUCCUUGGCCAAACGCUAAUAUCAAAUCGUAUCACACACUUUCUUUCUUUCUCCCUUCUCUCACUCACAUAGCCAUUAGCCACAAUCCCCUGCGCUCGCGCCCUCUCUUUCUCUCCCUACACCGCGCAUCGCAAUCUCCAACCAUGGCGGUUCCUCCCUCGGUCGCCGCCGCUCCGGCCUCCCUCUACGUCGGCGACCUCCACCCCGACGUCUCCGAAGGCCAGCUCGUCGACGCCUUCUCAGACUUCAAGACCCUCGCCUCCGUCCGCGUCUGCAAGGACUCCUCCACCGGCAAAUCCCUCUGCUACGGCUACGUCAACUUCGUCUCUCCUCAAGACGCGAUUCGCGCGAUUGAGGUGAAGAAUAAUUCCAUGCUGAAUGGAAAAGCGAUACGCGUGAUGUGGUCGCGACGUGAUCCUGACGCCAGGAAAAACACUAUAGGGAACUUGUUUGUUAAGAACUUACCUGACUCGGUUGACAAUGCCGGACUGCAAGAUAUGUUCAAAAAGUAUGGGAAUAUUUUGUCCAGCAAAGUUGUCAUGUCUGAUGAUGGAAAGAGCAAAGGAUACGGAUUUGUUCAAUUCGAAACAGAGGAAUCCUCAAGUGUUGCUAUCGAUAAGCUGAAUGGCUCUGCUGUUGGUGAUAAGCAGUUAUAUGUUGGGAAGUUUGUCAAAAAAAGUGAUCGGGUUUUGCCUGGCCCUGAUGCUAGAUAUACAAAUUUGUACAUGAAGAAUUUGGACCCAGAUAUUACAGAAGCGAUACUGCAGGAAAAGUUUUCCACUUUUGGGAAAAUUAUUAGCUUGGCUAUUGCAAAGGACAACUGUGGGAUGCCCAAGGGUUUUGGCUUUGUGAACUAUGAUAACCCGGAUGAUGCUAAAAAGGCAAUGGAAACAAUGAAUGGAUCACAAUUAGGUGCUAAGGUUCUGUAUGUAGCCAGAGCACAAAAGAAGGCUGAGCGUGAGCAGAUCUUGCACCACCAAUUUGAGGAGAAACGGAAGGAACAAAUUUUGAAAUACAAGGGAUCAAACGUUUAUGUGAAGAACAUUGAUGACAAUGUAAAUGAUGAAGAACUGCGACAUCAUUUUAGUCCAUGUGGCACUAUAACAUCUGCAAAAGUUAUGCGAGAUGAAAAAGGGAUAAGUAAAGGGUUUGGUUUUGUCUGCUUCUCCACUCCUGAGGAGGCCAAUAAAGCUGUGAAUACUUUUCAUGGGUUCAUGUUUCAUGGUAAACCACUAUAUGUUGCUCUUGCUCAGAGGAAAGAAGAUAGGAAAGCACAAUUGCAGCUGCAGUACGCACAGCAGAUGGCAGGACUAGCUGGACCCUCAACUGCCAUUAUCCCUGGUGGAUAUCCUCCUUACUACUAUGCAACUACUGGUGUUAUUUCACAUGUGCCUCCUCGUGGUGGGCUGAUGUAUCAACAUCUGGCAUUGAGGCCCGGAUGGGGGGCUAAUGGCUUUGCACCCCCUGCUAGAUCAUUUCAACAAUCACCAGUUCCUGCAGUUUCUAACAAUACUAGGCAGCAUGGGCAAAACAGGGGAAGGUUGAAUGGGCAUUCAGUAACACAGGGAAAUACUCACUCUGCUACUUAUUUACAACAAGCCCAGCAGAUUUCUCAGUCAGUGAUCUCUCCAAGAGAGACAAGCAUUCAGCAGAGAACUGGUCAGGCAAAAUAUAUGCCUAGUGGACGCCAGCGCGACAUGGAAAAAGGAUCCGGAUCCUCAUCUGGUGGUUCGAACGCUGGCGGAGGGUCCCCAGAAAUGCUGCAUAGCUUGCUAGCUGGUGCUGCUCCUGAGCAGCAGAAAGAGAUACUCGGGGAGCAUCUUUACAUGCUUGUUCACAAACUAAAGCCUAGCCUAGCAGCAAAAAUAACGGGGAUGCUCUUGGAGAUGGACAAUGGAGAAUUGCUGCUUCUCCUGGAAUCGCCGGAGUCUCUUUCUGCAAAGGUGGAAGAAGCUGUCCAAGUGCUUAAGAACUCGAAGAGCAAGGUUUCUGGCCAGGAUGUACUUCAUUCAAAUUACCUUUCAGCUGAGGUUGCAGUUAACUGAAGACUUUAACCUGAUGAUUCUUGUUUGAGCAUAGAUCAUGAAGAGAUUGAAGCCUCCAAGAACAAAGAAAUUUGAGACAUGAGUUUUGACAUCAAUGAUUACCUUACAGUGUUUCUUCUACAGUAUAUUUCCUUAUGAACAAAACUUUUUGUUUUCUUGCAUUAGGGUUGACAAAAAUUGGUAGUGACGAUAAGAAUCAGGGACAAAUUUGUUUUGGAUUUUGAUUACAUGGAUUAACUUCGAUGAAUCGUGGUUCAAUAUUUUUUCAUUUCGUAUUGAUUUGCUUUACAAACUUACAGGGAUGUAAACAAUUUUGAAUCGAAUAUAAUAUGCAAACACAUCAGUUUA